AUGUUAUUCCCACUUCCCCAUAUCCCCAUAUCCUGUCUCCCGUCUCCCAACUAUGUCAUUAUCGUAGCCCCCACUUCCAGUUGGGGCUGUGCUGGACUGUGCGCCCCGGACCGGGUUUGCUUGGCUUUUCCCACUCGACUUUUUAUGUUGUACGUGCGCGCUUGUCGUCCCAUCAUUCUGAGACCGUAG